GGGAGGCUGUCAUUGGUCUAUAUUUACCAACUUAAGAAUGAGAGAGCRGUGUGUUGUCCACAUAGUUGGCACCAAAGGACACUUUUGUGUCCAGGGUCACCCUCACCUUUUCUUCUACCGAAACACAGAGAGAGUGAAGUGGAUGGGGACAGACAGUGAGAGGUAAUAACGAGAGGUGAGACAAGGUGAGGAACAGAAAGGCAGACAAAAGAAAAAAGGAAUACUGUCCUACAUUUCUCAGCAACCCAGAAAAAAAAAUCUUUGAAAGAUCAAAAACAAAGGGUCCAUAUUGGUGUAGGUUACCAUGGAAACCAAGACGGUGAUGCUACGAGAGCAGGAGCAGCAGUCAUCCCAGAUGUCUCACGGCAUGCAGCUGUCUUCAGAGAUGAAGAAGAGAACGUUCACUUCCAGUGAUGAGGAAGCCUCCUAUGCCGGUUUGUAUCCUGUCAUUCCUGCUGAUUUGAUGUCUGUCAAGRAGAUCCUGGACCUAAACAACUUGCCCCGCCACAGGACAUGGGAAAUCCUGCAGGAAACUUUGGCUGCUGACGCGGAGUACCACAGGGAGAAGUGGACACGAUUUGGAAACGAGGCCGAGAGGGUUGAGCUGGACGUGAUCCGGAACCAACAUGUGUUGCGCACUCGUGUUGACAGAAUGUCACUUCGCAAACAGGCAGAAGAGAAGACAUCCGCCCACAUUCGGUUCUUGGAGAAACUGAGUCAGAGAGCACCAGACUUUGUGAUCCCUCUGAGGGCUCACGCAGUCUGGGAGGGGAUGACGGUGAAACUCUCCUGCACCACGCAGGGCUGCCCACCCCCCACACUAACAUGGUAUAAGGACGGUGAACCACUCAUAAUGUCUUCUCAGCCGUGGAAUUACAGCCUUCAACAAAGUUUUGGUCUCAACUCUCUGGAGAUCAGAAGGUGCUCUCCUGCGGAUGCUGGCGAGUAUAAAGUUGUAGCCAAGAGUCCCCUGGGUGAAGCUACAACCUUUGGAACAUUAGUGGUAAACUCGUAUCGAGGAGCCGUGGCUGGUUCAGAGCGCUCGCAGACCGUCGCCUCGCAGCUGCACCAAGAAGCCAAGUUUGGCACCUUCUUCCCCCCAACCUGGGUGAAGGAGGGUAACAGCUUCACCCUGCUGUGCACCUUCACAUCAGCUCUGCUCCCCUUCCAGCAGGAUGUCAGCUGGUUCAGAGACGGUGCACAGCUGCAUCAGUCCAGCAAUGUGGACAUUGAAACAUUUGACAACAAGUCCACCAUCACUUUAAGGGCGGCACACAAGGAGCAUGAAGGUGUGUACAGCGUCAGACUGAGGACCAGGGAUGGGAUCAAAGAGAACGCAGCUUUUGUUUACAUAUAUGACAAAUCGGCUGCAGUGAAGGGUGGUCCCGCGUCUCCCCUGGCAGUGGAGGUGUCUGAUGUCAACAAGGACUACGUCUUCCUCACCUGGCAGCCGCCCAGUGCAGACGRAGCUUCACCCGUGGAGGGUUAUUAUGUAGAAAGAUGUGUCCUUGGUCAGGGUGAGUGGGUGCGCUGCAAUGCUCGUAUUCAGAAACCGUGCCACUUCCCGGUGUUUGGCCUAGAGGAGGGAACCUUGUACCAGUUCAGAGUCCGUGCCGUGAACCAAGCCGGAGCAGGACGACCCUCUAAAGCCACGGAGCCCGUUCUUACUUUUGACACUCUGGAACACACCAGGACGAUGGUGRUCAGAGUGGAUGGAGGAAGGACCAUUACCAUUACAAAAGAUGAACUAGAAGGUCAGGUCAGAGCUCCUUUCCCUCCCACAAACGUGCACGCCUGCGAGGUGAGCGACACCUACGUGGUGCUGAGCUGGACCGAGCCCGAACCCAGAGGCAGGGAGCCGCUGACCUUCUACGUGGAGAGGCUUUGCCGUCUCCUCCUCACUCCGUCAUGGCCAUCAGAGACACGGACACCUCGGUGCUGCUGCAGUGGAAAGAACCAGAGAACACCUCUGACAUCCUGGGGUAUUAUCUGUACCACAGUGAAGCUGGCAAACAGGACUGGAAGACUAUAAAUAACAAGCCUGUAACUAAAACACGGUUUACGGUUCACGGCCUGAAAACUUGGAAGGAAUACGUGUUUCGGGUGAAGUCUGUGAGCCGAGCGGGGAACAGCAGAUAUUCAGAUGAGUCUCACCCCAUUGUGGUCAAAUCAGCUAUCAGUGUCCAACCUGACAAGCGGAUGUUUCUACCAGUUUCGUGUCUUUGCUGCCAACAUGGCCGGUGUGGGGAAACCCUCGAAUGCCAGUGAAACUUUUCUGUGUGAAAAGUGGACAAUGCCUGAACCAGGUUGCCCUCAUGACCUGGAGUUCCGGGAGGUAAGAAACGGCUCCUUGGUGCUCGUAUGGGCGACUCCGCUGUAUGAGGGUCGGAGUCCGGUCACUGGCUAUUUGCUGGAGAUCAGCCAGGGUGAUCGGUCAGACAACUGGACUGCACUGACUAAAAAGCCAAUCUCAGAAACACAUUAUAAGGUGUCGGGUCUUCAGGUGGGUCAGACCUACCGUCUCCGUGUGUCGGCUGUUAAUGAUGCAGGAGUGGGUCCAGCUUCUCUGCCCUCGGAGCCGGUCGCAGCUCAGACCAAACCAGGAACCAGAGACAUUGAGAUCGGUGUGGAUGAUGAUGGUUUUAUAUUUUUGGGUUACGAGGCUGUUGAGAUGAAYGACGAGAGCAAGUUUCUCUGGAGCAAAGAUUACACGGAACCCACUGAUGGCGAGAGAAUAAAAACUGAAACCAAACAGAACAGGUCAGUUCUCACCUUCACAGACCCGUCUGAGCAGGAUCUGGGUCUGUACACGGUGGAGCUGAGUGACGCGCCGCAGACAUCAUCCAGCUACGAUUUCACAGCCGAAGACCUUGAACGUCUGAAAGAACUCAGCUGCCAAGUCAGAAAUCCCCUGAUCGUUCUGAAGUCGGGCUGGCAGGUGGAGGUUUCUGAGAAGGGCGGCGUGCGUCUUUGGCUUCAGACUGAGAGUCUGAGUGAUUCUGCUGAGCUCCGCCUCAUCUGCAACGACCGAGAAAUCUCCAGCACUCCACACCGUCAGAUCAACUUGGACAAGGCCAAAGGUCUGGUGGAGAUACUGUUUGAUCAGCUCUCUCGGGACGACGAGGGCUCGUACACGGCCCAGCUGAGGGAUGGCCGCGCCAAGAACCAGUGCACUUUGGUCUUUGUGGAUCAAAAGUUUCGGGAGACGCUGGCCUUGGCCGACGCAAAUCGGCGGGACACUCAAAGAAAAUCGGGACCUUAUUUCCAGGAAUAUUUGACGUGGAGCGUGACUGAAGACUGUGAAUUAAUUAUAAAGUGCAAGGUCACUAACACGAAGAAGGACACGUCUCUGAAGUGGUUUAAGGAAAAUAUGGAAAUGAAGGAGUUUGUUUAUGAUCAGACAUCAGGAAUCAGCUCAGUCACCAUCCCACAGGUUACAAAGGAAGAAGCCGGCUCGUACAGAGCUGUGGUGUCAGAUGGCAGAGGAGAGGAUGUCAGCACCUUAGAGUUACUGAACGACGAGUAUGACAAGCUUCUCCAGCAUCUGAGUAAACAAUGCGCUCUGUCAGCUGGUCCACUGAGGAUUCAGAGCACCGCUGAAGGUUUCAGGCUCUACUGCUCACUCAAAUAUUACAUCAGCUUCCUGAAGACGAGCUGGUUCUUUAAAGAGAAAAGCAUCGAUCAGGAGGCCAGGACCAAGCCCGGCAGCAGCAUGCAGAAGGUCUGGAUUGAAAUCUCCAACCCAACAGAGAACGAUAAAGGCAAAUAUACGUUAGACAUGUGGGACGGCAAAGAGACGCACAAACGAUCGUUUGAACUGUCCGGRGACGUUUUUGCUGAAGCCUUGCUGGAGCACCAGAGGUUAAAGCAAUUAGCCAUCGCUGAGAAAAACCGCGCUAAAGUAACCAAAGGUCUUCCCGACGUCGUCGCCAUCAUGGAGGGCAAGUCUCUGUGCCUGACGUGCUUCAUCGAUGGCGACCCGGCCCCGGAGAUCUCCUGGCUUCGCAACGACCGGGAGAUUCUGGAUCAGGCUCGCUUCACCAUCGCCAAGGAGCCCAAACGCAGCUCCAUCACCAUCAACAAGGUCAACACGGAAGAUUCUGGAAAGUACAGCAUUUCUGUGCGCAACAAACACGGCUCUGAAACGGCCGAUGUGACCGUGAGCGUCUACAAGCAGGGAGAGACACCUCCGGCKAAUGCAGUGGAGAUGUUUUAAGGCUGCAAACUGUCUGGAUCUCUUCUUUUUUGGUUGUUUUUUAUAUAUCAACAUUAAAAAGUAGUUUUUGUUUUGAUUUGGUCAACAAAAUUGUGUAUUUAGCUGCCUGCUAGCCAGUUCUGAGUUUGAGUUUUUUUUCCCAUCAAUCAGAGAUCCAAUCAGUUUAUCAGUUGUGCAUUUGCAUUGCAGUGCAUUUAAUUUGAGUUUUUUUCCUGCCUGUGAUCCACGAAAACUGUAGCUGCAGGUUUGAACUUCUGGUGUGGCCGAUGUGUUGGUGAAGUGUUAUGAAUAAAGCCAUUUACAGUUAUGUUA